AUGAUUGCCGAGAUUUUGCACGGUAUUGGAACUAUUAGAGAUAAGCAAGAAAAAUACGGUCAAGCGCUGAAAUUCUAUGAACAAAGUCUGUCGAUAUUGAAGAAUUAUUAUUCAUCAGCUCAUCUUGAUAUUGUUUGUUUUUUACAUUACAUUGGUAAUGCGUAUUCAAAUGAUGGGAAUUAUGAGAAAGCUCUUUAUUAUCAACAGGAAGCGUUGACGAUGUUGGAGACAUAUUAUCCAUCAUAUCUUUUACGUAUUACAAGUUCUCUCAACUACUUCGGAAAUAUCUUGAGAAAACAGCAGAAACUGGAUGAAGCUUUCGAUGUCUACAAACGAGCAUUAACGAUUCUCGAAGAAAAUUCCGGAUCUGACCAUACUGGUUGGACAUCAACUCUUACUAAUAUUGGUCAAAUUUACUUCAUGAAAGAACAUUAUGAUGAAUCGCUGAUUUACUAUGAACGAGUGUUGAAAAUACGUGAGAAGAAUUAUCCACCUGAUCAUAUUUCUAUUUCUUAUAGUUUGAAUAAUAUUGGUGAUUUAUGUCAAAAAAGAAACAAAUUUGAUGAAGCUUUGAUGUAUAAACAGCAAGCACUCGCCAUCCAAACGGCAUAUUAUCCAACAGGUCAUUCGUGUAUCAUUGCAACUCUAGAAUCAAUUGGUGAUAUAUACAAAGACCAAAACAAUAAUGAGGAAUCUUUGAAUUUCUAUCAAAAAGGAUUAGAAGUGCGGAAACUUGUUUAUCCUCUAUAUAGUACCAAGGUUGCUUAUAGUUUGAACUAUGUGGGUAUUAAACUUCAAGAACAAAACCAAUCGGAUCGAGCUCUUGAACAUUAUCAACAAGCAUUAGCAAUAGUAGAGAAAAUCGAUUCAAGUAAUUAUAUAUUGAUUGCUGCAAUCUUAGGAAACAUUGGUAAUACAUUAUCUUCACAAAAGAGAUUUGAAGAAGCUUUCGAUUUUCAACAACGUUCAUUAAGCCUACGAAAAACGCAUUGUCCAUCCGAGUAUGCAAGUAUUGCUUUGAAUUAUAAUAGUAUGGGAGAUAUUAGAUACCAAGAAGAUAAGUACGAACAGGCACUGGAAUUCUUUCAGAAGGCUUUAACAAUAAAAGAACAAUUCAAUCCAAUAGAUUAUACAUUCAUCGCCUUGCUUUUAUAUAAUAUUGGUUAUGCUUUGUCUGGACAAGGAAAAUAUGAUGACGCUUUCGAGUCUUUUCAUAGAUCAUUAAAAAUGAGGGAAAUAUAUUGUCCCUUGGAGCAUGAAAAUAUCGCUUCGAGUUACUGCGCGAUGGGAAGUGUUCGGUACACUCAAACCAAGUACAACGAGGCGCUCGAGUUUUAUCAACAAGCGUUAGAAAUCGAAAAGAAGUACUAUUCGGUUAAUUACGCCUUCGUCUCCAUACUUUUAACGAUGAUCGCUCAUUGUUUCUUUUCACAAAAGGAAUAUGAUGAUGCAUUCGAAUUUUAUCGACAAUCAUUCGACAUGCGUGAAGAGUAUUGUCCCUUCGAAGAAGUGAAUAUGGCUGACAACCUACGAUUCAUGGGUAUUAUAAGGAACAUUAACGAUGAGUAUAGUGAAGGACAGAAGUUUUUUGAAGAUGCAGUGAAUAUUUACGUGAAGUAUUGUCCAGCCACUCUUCGAAAGACAGUUGCUAUGCUUGGUGAUAUGAUCGUCUCUUCAAAUAAUAAUCAAAAGUUAGAAGAUGAACUCGCGUACCGAGAGCGGUUGUUGUCAAUUCAAGAGAAAUAUUAUGAAGAAUUCUGUGUAGAUAUGAUCAGCAACUUACAAGAGAUUGCUCGUCUCAAAUUCAAUCAGAGCAAUUACGAAGAUUUUAUUGAACUUUAUUUACGAAUACUACUGAUGCUCAAAGAAUUGACUCCAACCGAUCAUGAUUCAAUCACACAUGCUCUCGACCAGUUAGCACUCGCAUGUUUCAAAAGAGAAGCCUAUGAUCAUGCAACCGGGUAUCUUGAAUUUGCUAUCAGAAUAGGCGAAUCUAGUUUGUCCCUUGAAAGUUUACAAAUACUAUUAUCACAUCUCAGUACAGUCAAUACACAUCGUCGUCAAUACGAAUCCUCGUUGAUGUAUGCAAAUCAAAUUUUCUUGAUACGUGAAAGAAUAUUGCCAGCAAAUGAUCCGCUGAUUGCCGACAUCUUGUCUAACAUUGGUACAUGUUACGAAAAUCUUCAUCAGUUGCAAACAGCACUGGAGUAUUAUUAUCGAGCAUUGUCUAUCUAUGAGCAACAUCCAGCAAGUUUACACGAUCAAGAAAUGAUAGAGGAAGCUAUUCAACGUGUUUCAUCGAUACUAAAUGCAGAAUGA